GCUGGAGUGCUCCCACUGGCAGCGGGCGGACGCGGCGGGCGGCAGCACGUGGAGCUGCUCAGGGCCCAGCACCGAGAGAGCGCCCUGCGUGGUGUACUGCCACGCCAACGCGGGCAGCCGCCUGGAGGCGCAGGAGGUUCUGGGCUGGGCGCUGGAGCUGGGGUGCUCGGUAUUCGCCUUCGACUUCGCGGGCUCCGGCAUGUCGGAAGGUGAGCACGUCUCGCUCGGAUGGUACGAGCAGCUUGACCUCCAGGCCGUCAUCGAGUACCUACGGAGGAGCUGCAACGUGGGGUCGAUCGCCGUCUGGGGCCGCUCCAUGGGCGCGGUCACCACGCUGUUGUACACCGACAAGACGCGCGAGCGCCCCGAGGUCAGCGCCGUGGUGCUCGACUCCCCGUUCUCGCGCUUCGACACCGUGGCCGCCUCCAUGGUGGAGACCCAGAGCCAGAGGCUGAUGGGCGACGGGUGUUUCGUUCCAGGCUGCAUGGCGUCCCCGUUCAUCGCCAUGGUGGCCAGCUCCAUCAAGGGGACGGCGGGCUUCAACCCCAGCGACCUCGACCUGGUCAAGUGCGCCGAGAGGGCGCAGGCCAACACGUCGCGCGGGUCGGCGCGGAGGAAGUUAGCGUUGCCCAGGGGCCACGGCGCCCCGUGCAUUAUUGCGGGCGACCCGCUGCACGAUCACAUCAACUCGCGGAAGCUCUGGAGCGCCAAGAACGGCGACGCCAAUUGCCUGGCGCAGACCACGUUGACGGCGAAGAUUCUCCCGCGCACCGCUAUGAGGAACGUGCCCGCCAAGUUCGGGCAGAAGGCGUCGCCAGUAUGGGAAGCCUCGUUCGUCGCCGUUCCGCCACGGGGCACGCUCGCGCGCUUGGCGCGGCUCUUCGGAUGCGAGCCCCGCCCCACCAUGGAGGGUUGGGCCUGGCGCUCUCGGCAGGAGUUGAAGAAGGAGGCGGCGCGCAUGCACGCGCGGCGCCAACCCGGCCAGCGGACAACGAUGCGCAAGCGCGGCCUCCAGCGGGGCGCCGCUCCGCUGCAGUGCGUCGUGGCCAGCGCCCGGCGAAGAUGA